AUGGGCGAUUCAGACUCCGUCACCGAUGGCAUAAUUCCUGUGUUCCUGGGAGCUCUUCAAGCUUCCUUGACGGUGUUGUUAACAAUUAGCUAUGGAGUUAUCGCAUCGAGGUACAAUUUGUUAAAGGAGUCUUCUACGAGGGAUAUUUCGAAAACUGCUGUUAGAUUAUUUUUACCGGCGCUUUUGAUCACUAAUGUUGGGGAGGAAUUGAAGCCCGAUACUGCGUGGAGAUAUGUACCAGUUUUGAGUGAGUAA